CCGUGAGUCUGCGCAGUGCGCGCCGCGCGGUGGGGGAGGCGGUCCGUGCGCGUCUGUGUUGUUGUUCGGCGGCGGCGGCGGCGCAGGCGGCGCAAGAUGGCUGCCCACGGAGGCCCCGCGGCGUCCUCGGCGUUGAAGGGGUUAAUCCAGCAGUUCACCGCCAUCACCGGUGCGAGCGAAAGCGUGGGGAAGCACAUGCUGGAGGCCUGCAGCAACAACCUGGAGAUGGCCGUCACCAUGUUCCUGGACGGCGGGGGCAUCGCAGAGGAGCCAAGUACCAGCUCAGCGAGUGUCUCCGCCGGCAGGCCGCACACAGAAGAAGAAGUCCGUGCCCCGAUUCCUCAAAAGCAAGAAAUACUAGUGGAACCAGAACCUUUGUUUGGUGCUCCUAAGAGACGGCGGCCUGCACGGUCCAUAUUUGAUGGCUUCCGGGACUUUCAGACUGAAACUAUUCGGCAAGAGCAGGAAUUAAGAAAUGGAGGAGCCAUAGACAAGAAGCUGACUACCCUGGCAGACCUGUUCCGACCACCCAUCGACUUGAUGCAUAAGGGCAGCUUUGAAACAGCCAAGGAGUGUGGUCAGAUGCAGAACAAGUGGCUGAUGAUAAACAUCCAGAACGUGCAGGACUUCGCGUGCCAGUGCCUCAACCGCGACGUGUGGAGCAACGAUGCCGUGAAGAACAUCAUCCGGGAGCACUUCAUCUUCUGGCAGGUUUAUCACGACAGUGAAGAGGGUCAAAGAUACAUACAGUUUUAUAAGCUUGCGGAUUUUCCCUAUGUUUCUAUCUUGGACCCACGGACAGGUCAGAAGCUCAUCGAGUGGCACCAGUUAGAUGUGUCUUCAUUCUUGGACCAAGUAACAGGAUUUCUGGGUGAACAUGGACAGCUGGAUGGACUUUCUAGCAGCCCCCCCAAAAAAUGCGCUCGUUCAGAGAGCCUCAUAGACGCCAGUGAAGAUAGCCAGCUGGAAGCAGCCAUCAGAGCAUCCCUACAAGAGACCCACUUUGACUCGACGCAGACAAAGCAGGAGAGCCGCUCAGAUGAGGAGUCUGAGUCUGAACUUUUCUCUGGCAGUGAGGAAUUCAUAUCGGUUUGUGGCUCUGAUGAGGAAGAGGAGGCAGAGAGCCUUGCCAAGUCCCGGAAGUCUCCCCACAAAGACCCAGGCCACAGAAAGGAGGAGAACAGGAGGCCGCUGACGGAGCCCCCUGCCAGAACUGAGCCCACAGCGGCCACGAACCACCAGGGCUUGCCCGCCGGGGAUGCCGAGAUCCUGGAGACGCCACCCGAGAGAGUGGACGGGCUGGCAGAAGGCCCAGAUGUGAACGGACCAAAAGCACAGCUGAUGUUGCGGUACCCAGACGGGAAGAGGGAACAGAUCACCCUUCCGGAGCAGGCGAAACUCCUGGCGUUGGUGAAGCACGUGCAGUCGAAAGGAUACCCAAAUGAACGUUUUGAACUUCUCACUAACUUCCCCCGAAGGAAACUCUCCCAUCUGGACUAUGACAUUACUUUGCAAGAGGCAGGCCUCUGUCCUCAAGAGACUGUCUUUGUGCAGGAAAGGAAUUAGCGCCAUGGCCUGACCUCCCUCAGCCCCGCCGCUUCCUGUAAGAUACCACGGCAACGGUGUGCAUUUGGCUCAGAGGACCAGGGGGCCAGAGGCGGGCAAGCGAGUCAUCUGAUUCUUUGUAUUCUGAGUUCUUACACUCUCUCCUCCCCACCCCACCCUUUUUCUCUUCUCUCCUUUGCUCUUACCUUUCUUUAUUUCUUACCUUACCUGGUGACCAAAUGAAGGUAUAAGAAGCAGACCCCUCCUGCUGGCAGCAGGCCAUGUGUGUCCAGUCAGCAGUCUCUCUCUCUGCCACUCCUCAGACUCUCGGUAGCGGUGAGGCUAGAUUGGGAAUCAGAACUACCUGCUUUUUCUUUUUUUUUCUUCGCAAGCCCCCAUUUUUCGUAGGGUAAAGAACUUUUAUCUUUUAUAAUAUACACUUUGUUUUGCUGUCAUCACGUAGCAAAAAUAUCCAUGCUCCUGUGUACGUGAAGAAAGCCUCUCCUGUAACUGCCGCUUGUCAUGUGUAAGGUUUCCCAGAGGCUCUCCACUCUCCCCACUAACGUGAUUCCCACGCUGCACGUCACUGUCAGGAUGGGUGUGAGAUGUGAGGAAUGCGGGUCCCGGUGCGGCUUUCCAUCCCUGAGCCCCGGACGGUUUUCUCUCCUACGACUCCGUGAGUGGCGCUGCGCUGCGGUCCUGCGAGGAUACUGGUGAGCGCGUGGCAGCGGCGGGGCUGGGAAGGAAGGAGCUGGCUCUUCCUGCAGCUCUGCUCUUAGUCCUUGGCCGUCCCUUGUGCGUGUCCACCGGUGACCUGCAGGAGGGCAGCUGCCCAGGAAUCCUGCAGUACAGGCCCUCGCAGCUGAAGCCUGUGUGGUCGCUGACUGUCCUGUGUCUCUAGGCGUGCGUAGCCACGCCCCGGGGUGCAGAGCAGAAGAGACAGCUGAGGAACACCAUUCUUUUCCUUUAGAAACAACAGGCUUUUAAAAAAAAAAAAAACUCCUGCUUGGAACAGCCUCUAAAGGCUCUGGAGACCAAGGAGCUUCCUUCCUCAGCCACCUCCUUAUAAAUGGGAUCAGCACUGAAAGCCUGUCCACUGGGAAGACCUUGACACUUGGUUCACAAGGGAGGUGGGGAGACUACAGUAACCUUCAGAGGUCGUGACUUGUUUUCUGGCUGUGAGAACCACGUUCAAGUUAUAGUUGCUGAAAUGAUACCUCUGCCCGUAUUGUUCAGAAGAGGCCAUCUUGAAUUGUGUGAUGAGUGUGUUCAGUUCACACCUGGAGCGUGAAGCAGAGUCCUCUAAGGAGGUGGCAGUGAUCUUGGACUUGUGAAACUCUGGUGGAGAAUGGACUUACUUUGUCCAUGGGGGUUUAGUUUGAUUAUUUUCUUGAGGAACAUAAAUUGCUGUGCUCGGAGGCCUUCAGAUUCCCGUAAACCAUACAAUGACUCUUUUGGCAAUGAAGGGGUUGAAAAACAAAGAUUUCUGUUGCUAGGAUGUGAUUAGAGAAUAUGGUUUCCAAUGGUUGGGCUAUGAGGGACCCCCUAAAGACUGAGUUACGUAUCUCCUCAAGGAAAUCAUGGGAAUGUCUGUGUAUUCUUCAGUGAGUCCUUUGGAAUUAAUGUUCUUACAUUUUUUUUCUAAGUCUGUGUAAGUGCUUAUGUAUAAGUAUAUAAUUGUAUAAAUAUUUAUAAAUAUAUUUAUAUAAUUACAAUUUCAUUUA